AUGCGCCAGGUGUACAGCAACUCCAAUUACGCGAAGCAAGGCUGCAGCAGCAGCAGCAGCAGCAGUAGCAGCAGCAGUAGCAGCAGCAAUAGCAGCUCAAUUUAUUUUGCAUGCGCCUGUAGGAACGCGUGGAGGCUGGGGGACCUCGAGAAGGAGAAUCUUGCUACAUGGUGCUCCGCACUCACCGACAAACGCGCUAAGGCUAGGAACGCAUCCAAUUCUCCUAUUGCAGCUUCUGUGCAGCAGCAGCAGCAACAAGGGAAGCAGCAACAGCAGCAACAUGAGCAGCAGCAGCGGCUGUUGCACUAUGUCAUUAGCAAGGCUCGCAACAACAGUGCAGAAGCAAUGCCUACUGCCCAGAAUUGGAUAGGGUCUUGA